UCUGACUGCCUCACUAGCGUACUCUGCAGUUUCACUCCUGGUAGUGAGGAUAUCGUUAAGAAGCGAACUUCAUUGCGAAGGGGAGCAACUUUUUCCCUUUUCAUCCCAGCAUUCGGGGCUAAUGGACAAACUCUUUGUAAAUGCUUUUUAAGAAUCAUCACUUCAGGAAGCUACACACUCGCUUCUCAGCAGGCCGUGGCCUCGAGUCUUACUUGAAGGGGUCCAAUUUCUCUGGCGAGCCACCUUGGCUUUUCUGCACCUGAGUAACGGCAAGACUAAAUUCGAUCUCUUUUUCAUCCAAUUCACUAGUGACCAUGAACACUGCUACUCCCACUGAGUUUGAGUUCUCUUUCCUGGAGGAGGGUUUCUGUGCCUGGGAUAUUGUUGAGCAGAAGAUCAGUGAAUCAUCCACGACGGAUGAUAGGGAUGCCUUCUACAUCUGUGACUUGGGGGAUGUGCUUAACAAACACCUGCGCUGGAUGAGGGCCCUGCCUCGCGUCACUCCUUUCUAUGCCGUCAAAUGCAACGACAGCCGAGCUGUAGUUAUGACACUGGCGUCUCUGGGAAUUGGCUUUGACUGUGCAAGCAAGACGGAGAUUCAGCUGGUCCAGUCUAUGGGGGUGGCUCAAAGCAGAAUAAUCUAUGCCAACCCCUGUAAGCAAGUUUCUCAGAUCAAGUAUGCAUCCACCCAUGGGGUCCAAAUGAUGACCUUUGAUAGCGAGGUGGAGCUCAUGAAAGUGGCCCGCUAUCAUGACAGUGCCAAACUCGUGCUGCGUAUUGCCACAGAUGACUCAAAGGCAGUGUGUCCUCUCAGUGUAAAGUUUGGGGCCACACUCAAAGCUUGCCGAGGUCUUCUGGAGCAGGCUAAAGAACUGGGGCUGGAUGUGAUUGGAGUCAGCUUCCAUGUUGGCAGUGGUUGCACUGAUCCCAAGACCUUCACCCAGGCUAUUGCUGAUGCCCGCUGUGUCUUUGAUAUGGGGGAUGAACUGGGUUUCAACAUGAAACUGCUGGACAUUGGUGGUGGAUUCCCCGGGUCCGAUGACUCUGCACUUAAAUUUGAAGAGAUCACAGCUGUAAUCAACCCAGCCCUGGACAAGUAUUUCCCUGCUGACACAGGUGUUAAGAUCAUUGCUGAACCAGGACGCUUUUAUGUGGCCUCUGCUUACACAUUGGUUGUCAACAUCAUUGCCAAGAAAGUCAUCAUGGAUGAAGACUUGGAUUCUGAUGAGGAAGAUGAAGGAACCAGUAACAGGACGCUGAUGUAUUAUGUUAAUGAUGGAGUGUACGGAUCUUUCAACUGUAUACUCUUUGACCAUGCCCACUGUUUCCCAAUACUGCAUAAGAAACCAAAGCCAGAUGAGGUCAUGUACCCAUGCAGUAUCUGGGGCCCAACCUGUGAUGGCCUUGAUCGUAUUGUUGAGCAGUGUCGCCUGCCUGACCUGCAGGUGGGCGACUGGCUGGUCUUUGAAAACAUGGGUGCCUACACUGUGUCUGCAUCCUCCACCUUCAAUGGCUUUCAAAGACCAGACAUUCACUAUGUCAUGUCCCGUGCUGUCCGGCAACAUGUGCAGCAGGUGUGCUCCCAGGGCAUGCCCACUCCUAAGGAGGAUUGUUUCCUAUUUGACAUGCCAGUCUCCUGUGGCCAAGAGAGCAGCUCGGAGAUGCCCACCAAGUCCUGCCAGGCCAAUGUGGUUUAAACGCAUACUGUACAUCACACCAGUGCUCUCCAGCUCUAGCAUUCUUUGUUAAUUACUGGAGAAGGUUCUGAGGCAUGAGUAGUUUAUAAAGAGCCUGUUUGCUGAACUGGAGUAGUGUGUGGAUAUGGGUGCUUUGCAAAAUAAAUCUCUGCAGUACUUUACUGAAAGCUUUCCCUCACCACAGGACUUAACACUUGAAACUAUAGCAGGAGUCAGAGGUCAAGGGUUACUCCUCUUGAUAAUCUUAAGAAGAAUAGUAGCAGACUGCUUGCAGCUUAGGAAGUUACCACUGCUGGGGGUUUUACGCAGCUGACCAUACAAACCCCCAAAGUUGCAUUCCUAACUAGUAACUUGCAAAGAGAUGGUUGGAGAAGUCAUUCAGUUCUCAUAUACAGUAUGGCUGCUAUGUUAAUAUUUAUAUUUUCUGUUUCUGUAUAGAACCCCUUGGGUGUUAUUCCUCUAGAUGUUGGCAUGUAACAAAACAUGUUUGAUACUGGCAUUCACAAUAGUUAUUCAGUGUCUUUGUGUUCAGUGAAUGCUUCUCUGCUGAGCCACUAUUUCCCAUGCAAAAUUUGAAUACAGGAAAACUGUGCAUUAAUCAUACUCUGCAUGUCACGAACCCAAGUGCCAUGUAGUGUCUGUGCUGGUACAACUGGAAUGAUUGAGACAAAUUAGACAGUAAUAUAGAUGCAUAUGCUAAAUAUUUCAAGCUUUUGACUCUUGUACUUGCCCCAGCAGAAACACACCUUCAAUAUUAUCACAUGACUUGUUUUCUAAGUUGCAGAGGGACAGAAAUCUGAUACAAUUAUUAAGCAGUGUUUACCAAUCUAUGUAAAAGGGAUACAAAGAGAUGGAUUUGCAAAUUCAUAAUGCUUUCCUAUGGAAAUUUUUUUUUAAAAUAAAAUAUAAGGUGCAGAGCCAAA